AGGAUUAAAAUGGGUGCCCAGAUGUCUGCGGAAGAAGGGGCAAUUGUAUGAAUGCUUUCGCAUAUCCUCUCCGUGAGAGGGAUUAAGUAUGAUUCAAAUACUUUACGUAUGAUGCUGAAGUGGCUUAAGGACCAUGGUGCCCCCACUUCGAAUGUAGAAGUCUUUGAAGUUAAAAAUUGGGAAGAAAUGGGAAAAGCAAUUUGGGACUUUGUAUCGCGUGGGGACGCAAAGGCUCAGAAAAUCUCCGCUAUGUGGAGAUCGGUGCUGGAAAUGUUGAAAGCCCUUCAGGCAGAAAAGGAGGUGGCUGCCGCUGCAAAAAUUUCAAUUGAAGAUACCCCGGAAAAAAAGAGAAGUGUGUGUGGCAAGGUGGUAAAUAAUUCAGACAGUGAUGAGGAAUUAAACACUGAGGGAGAUGUCACUAAUGGAGGCAACGAUCAACCUUUAAGUAACCUGCCUCUCGAGCAGGGACCUAUCCCCUCUGCACCUCUCUGUGAGGCAGAUACAUCCCCAGGAGAAGCUAUAAAAAAGCGAUGGAAGGACAUAAAUGAUAAAAUGUUAACCAAAGGUCUAAAUCCUGUGGCUUUUCCAGUUACAGUCAGGCAGAAUGCCCCAAAUGUGUGGCAACCUUUCAAUUGGGAUUUAAUAAAAGAAGUACGGAAAACAGUAAUGGCUAAUGGACUGUCUGCUCCGUUUAGUCAGGCGUUAUUGGAGAAUAUAUUUUCUGGUCAAAUUUUAACGGGCUUUGACUGUACACAAUUGGCUACAAUGAUUUUAACCCCGACUCAGCGUCUAUUAUGGAAGGUGAAAUGGGCAGAAUUAUGUGAUUUAGCGGCACUAAGAAAUUUGGACCGCCCAGAAGGAGAUCCGCAGUAUAUGAUCACUACUGCACAAAUGAUGGGGACUGGUGACUUUGCAGAUGUUAAUAGGCAAGCGAGGCUACUGGUGGAAGCAUUACAAGAAUCAGCUUCCUUAGCUCUGAAGGCAAUGGUAACCUUGCCUGAAGCUGGAAAGCCAGAACAAUCAUUUACAAGUAUAAGGCAGGGUAAUACGGAACCUUAUAUGUCCUUUAUUGAUCGUCUGUGAGAUGCUAUUGAAAAGCAAAUAGAUAAUGCUGAUGCCAAAGAAGCACUGAUAAUAAUGUGGGGCCGAGGUUAUGCUUGUGUCAUUACAGAAAAUGGGCCAAAGUGGAUUCCAACUAAAUGGACGAAACCUUAUGCUGAGAUUGAUAUGGAACACACUGACUGUAGUAAGCAGCAUGACAGUGACACUGGUGAUUGAUCCACACCGUUUAACACCGUGGGACAGUAAGAAUGUUUGGGUGACACUGGCUAAAGCUAUUAAUCAAACCUCUUUUUGUGUGUCAUUGGCAUUACCUGAACAGUCUUUUAUUCUUAUGUAUUUUAUUAGGUAUAAUGUUGCUUUUACUGUGUUUAAUUAAUUGUGUUCAUAGAUCUUUGCAAAGGGCAAUACAGCAGGU